AUGGAGGAAAUCCGUGAAAGCAAACUCAUACUUGCAAAUGCAUUGUACUUCAAAGGAGCUUGGAGUGAAAAAUUCAACGCAAAGUUAACAAAAGACAAAGAUUUUCACCUUCUUGACGGCACAUCCGUGAAAGUCCCCUUCAUGACCAAUUACAAGGACCAAUACGUAGAAGAGUAUGAUGAUUUCCAAGUUUUGCGACUCCCUUAUGUAGAGGAUCAACGUCAAUUCUCCAUGUACAUUUAUCUUCCUGAUGAGAAAGACGGUUUAGCAGCACUGCUUGAGAAAAUAGGCUAUAAACCUGGAUUUCUUGAUAACCAUAUUCUACGCCAUCGUGUAUCAAUGGAUGAUUUCAGAAUUUCCCCAAAGUUUAAGUUCUCUUUCGGAUUUGAAGCUUCAGAUGUUUUGAAAGAUAUGGGGUUGACUUCACCGUUUACUCGUGGAGGUAGUCUAAUUGAGAUGAUUGAUUCACCUAGCGUGGCUGAGAAUCUUUAUGUCUCAAACAUUCUUCAUAAAACUAGUAUUGAGGUGGAUGAAGAGGGAACUGAAGCUGCAGCUGUUUCUGUUUCUAACCUAGUGACCAUGUGUUGGAGCCCAAAAUCAGAUUUCGUUGCUGACCAUCCAUUUUUAUUCACGGUGAGAGAAGACGAGAGUGGAGUGAUUUUGUUCAUGGGUCAAGUUCUUGAUCCUUCAAAACAUUGA